AUUCAACUGUAUGGUUUUAAUAAAGAACUUUACCACAAUAUGACCGAAGCACAACAUAAAUCCCAGGGAAUAGUGGCGAUUUCGUUAAUGGUUCAGAUUGGUGACACGCCCAAUCCGGAAUUGAGGAUCAUCACGAGUACUUUUAAAGAAGUUUUAUAUAAAGGUGCUGCAAUACCAAUAAAACAUCUGUCUUUAAGAAGUUUACUACCAGAUACCGAUCAAUUUAUGACUUAUGAAGGUUCAACAACGCAUCCUGGAUGUUGGGAAACAACAGUUUGGAUAAUAUUCAAUAAACCAAUUUAUAUAACUCACCAAGAGUUGUACGCUCUUAGAAGGCUUAUGCAGGGUUCAUUAGAAGCUCCAAAAGCGCCCUUAGGUAACAACGCUCGUCCCGUUCAGCCCCUUCAUUACAGGACGAUUCGAACGAACAUCAAUUUCAGAAAUAGAGAGGUGUUCGGAAGCCGUCACAACAAUACGUCCUAUUUAAAGAAAAAUUGCCCUACAAUGUAUAAAGAUAUGAAUUAUAAAGCACGAUGGAUGGAUAGAAGAGAUUCCCACAGUCACAAUUUACAUCACCACAAUUUACAUUGAGGGAUACCAUAACAAAUUAAAAAAAAAUAACAACGAGACCCAAGUGCAUUUUUUUAAAAGUGUAAAAGUUUUUGAUUAAGACUUGGAAAAUGGACGCUAUAUUUGUGCUGUAUACAAUAAUAAAUUUUAAAAAGAAAAUGUGAACGAUUUAUAAUAAUUGUUAUAAAAAAAUCGAUUCCGUUCUUACUCUUGUGUAUAUAAUGUGAAUAAUAUACAAAAAAUAUAUAAAUAUUAGUUUGAAAAUAAUAUAUAGGGGUAAAAAAAACGUUUAAACAUGUAAUAUAACGACCGUGCCAUACCUAUGUAGUGAUAAAUGUUUGAAAACGAGCGCUUAAAAAUUUUAAAAACAACCGAAUCGAUAAACUUAAAAAAAAACGUAGAGGCGAAUGCUAUUUAUAAAUGUGUCGUAGUCGGAUACUGUAAGCUUUAAAAAAUGAAACUGACCGAAAAUUAAUAAUAUACAUGAAAUGCAGGGUGUUAUAAAGAAUUAGAAAUAUCGAUUAAUUAAAUUAAAGAUUGCCUUGUAAUAGUAAAACCUCGAUAUAACGGAAACUAGUAUGUAAACAGCUACCCACACCGUUGCGUUCUUUAUUAGUUAGUUUUACUUUCAGUUCAAUAAAAAUAUACAGCCAUCUAGCGCUGAAUAACCGCUACAACUAGA